AUGGAGGGACCUAGCGCUGCCCUGUAGCCAUACUUAGGUCUGGUUUUGGAGCCGCUGCGCAGGGUUGUGGCUACAUUGCCUGGCGAUAUGAGAAGUUCGAAGCCCUAUGAUUUUCCAUGGGAAUUCAUGAUAUGUGUAUUUAUUUUUGGAUUUUUUGCUGUUCUCUUGUUUUUGUGGAGAAUUUUUCGAUCAGUUCAAAGCCGACUUUAUGUAGGUAGAGAAAAAAAGCUUGCUGCCAAACUUUCUAUACUAAUUGAAGAAAAAUGUGAACUACUUGAAAAAUUCAGUGUUGUUCAAAAAGAGUAUAAAGGCUUAGAAUCAUCUGUGAAGGAUGCCAGCGUUGGGCAGUCAACAGAAGCACAAAGAUUACAGGCAACCUGUGAAAAACUGGAAAGGUCUAAAUCUGAAGUUGAGGAUGAAAUACUUGUUCUAGAAAAAGAGUUAGAAGAAGAGAAAUCCAAACAUUCUGAACAAGAUGACUUGAUAAUGGAUAUUUCAGAGAGGAUACAGUCCCUAGAAGAUGAAUCAAAAUCUCUCAAAUCACAAGUAGCUGAAGCCAAGAUGACCUUCAAAAUAUUUCAAAUGAAUGAAGAAAGACUUAAGACAGCUAUAAAAGAUGCUUUUAAAGAAAACGCUGAACUUCAGGAAAGCCAGAACCAGCUUUCACAAGAUGCUGAAGAAUGGAAAGAACAAUUGAGUGAACUUAAUAAACAGAAAGUAGCUUUCGAAGACUCCAAACUACAUGCAGAACAAGUCCUGAAUGAUAAAGACAGCCAAAUAAAGUCUCUGACUGAGCACUUGCUCAAAAUGAAACAUUUGGUUGCUGUGCUUGGAGAAGACUUAAUGAAUGAUGACGUUUCGGAAUCGGAAAUGAAGAGUGAAUCAGAAAAUGGUUCCCAUAUAGAUGAUCAGCCAAGAGGAGCUCUGAAGAAACUGAUCCAUGCUGCUAAGAUGAAUGCUUCUUUGAAAACCCUAGAAGGAGAAAGAAAACAAAUAUACAUUCAAUUAUCUGAAAUAGAUAAAACAAAGGAAGAACUUUCAGAAUAUAUUAAAGAUCUCCAGGCUGAGCAGUCAUCUUUGCAGUCAGAAAACACAGAAUUAGAAAAUGAAAAUCAAAAACUUAAUCACAAACUUCAAGUGAUAACUGAACUAUAUGAAGAAAAUGAAGUGAAACUUCACAGGAAAUUAACCGUAGAGGAAAAUUCCCGGUUAGAGAAACAGAGGAAACUUUGCAAAGCAGAUGAAAAGCUCUGUCAAGCAACAGAAGAAAUGGAAAACUAUAGACAGCGAGCCAAAGAUCUUGAAGAAGAAUUGGAGCGAACCGUACUAUCUUAUCAACGUCAGGUUAUGUCUCAUGAGAGAAAAGCAAAUGAUAAUUGGUUGGUAGCUCAGAAUGCAGAAAGAAAACUCAACAGUUUAAAGAAAGAUAAUGCUCACAACAGACAAAAAUUAACAGAAGCAGAGUUUAAAUAUGAACUUUUGGGAAAAGAUCCUUAUGUACUUGAUGCUCCAAAUACGUUUGGCAGAGAGCAUUCCCCAUAUGGUCCCUCACCAUUGGGUCGGCCUUCAUCUGAAACGAGAGAUUUUCUCUCCCCUCCAACUUUGUUGGAGGGUCCUCUCAGACUUUCACCUUUGAUUCCAGGGGGAGGAGGAAGAGGCUCAAGAGGACCAGGAAAUCCUCUGGACCAUCAAAUUACCUACGAAAGAGGAGAAACAAACUAUGACAAGUUACGUGGUCCUCACAGAGCGCCCUCUGACCCUGGAUCUCUGUCCCCUCCAUGGGAACAGGAACGUAGAAUGAUACCUCCACCAGGUCAGCCAUAUCCUGAUCCAUCACUUUACCAACAAAGGCAAGACAUAUUUUAUUCCAACUCUGGUAGACUCGCUGGACCAGCAGAGCGCAGGCCUUCUUUGGACAUACCAAAUGGACCAGUAUCUUCAGAAACAGCAUCCAGUAAAAAUAAUCCCAAAGAUGAGCUUAGUAAUUCAAACGUGCAUGAUCCAUCGCUCUCUGCCGAAAAUAAAGCAGUUGGACCUAGGUUUGUUCCUCCACCUCCAGUCAGAGGUUUAUUGUACCCAGUGGACCCAAGAGGAUUUUUCAUGAGAAGAGGACUUCCUGUUCCUCCACCUCCUCCAGGAAGCAUGUAUGGAGCUCCCCGAGAUGAUUUUUCGCCAAGGGAUUCCCCUGGCCCGCCACAGCCUCCAGUAGCAAUGGGAAACAUCAAUGCACCAAGAGCUUUUCCUUACUGUCCCCCAAGAACUGGAUUUUACCCUCCACCUUCACAUCCUGAAUUCUCUACGGGGUUGAUUUCACUUCCAAACAAGAAUCCAGAAGAGCCACAAGAAACUUGA